CCGUCAGCCUCUGUGUUAGUGCGGGCGUGUGUGCGUGCGCGCGUGCGCGUGCGACGACCUGAACGCGCCGUUUCCACUUUCCUCGUCCUUCUCAGAUAAUCCCUUCUGACUAGGCACACAAUGGGCUAAAUACCCACCGCAUCCUCCAGCGCAAAGCCGAUCCCUCCCUCCCGACGUCUCCGUUUUUUUAUUUCCCUUUAUUCGUUUUAUUUAUUUUUUAAUCGCCGAUGUCUCCGCAGAAGACGGCGGCGUGCGCGGCUCAACCUGCUGGCCCCGGCGGUGGUGUGGCUGCUGAUUAAUCUGGCUCUGGGACGCAGCGCGUUCUGUCUCAUUUUAAUUCAGAGAGGGCUACCUCACCGCGCAAGGCUCGCGCCCCCCAGGACACCCGCCGCAGCUGGUUUCGGGGUGCUGCUGCUGCGGCGGCGGCUGGACCGCUGCUCUUCAGCAUCUCGCGCCUCUGAAAGAUCGGUCGCCUAGUCCUCCCCGUUUGGCGCCUUGAAUAUUGUUUGCUGGCCCCCGCUUAUUCCAACAGUCGCCCCAGAGCCGUCUCCGGAGAGCUUCCUCCCUCCCUUCCUCCCCCCAGCCGGCCCCCGGCCCCGCCCAGCCCCCGCGUCGAGGUCCCGGAAGCGCGUCGAGCCGGGGAGGCCCCCGCCCCGCGGCGGGAUGGAGGUGGGCAUGCGCGUGGUGCGCGGCCUGGACUGGAAGUGGGGCGGCCAGGACGACGGGGAGGGCCACGUGGGCACGGUGGUGGAGAUCGGGCGCCAGGGGAGCACCACCACGCCCGACAAGACCGUGGUGGUGCAGUGGGACAACGGCACCCGCACCAACUACCGCACGGGCUACCAGGGCGCCUUCGACCUGCUGCUGUACGACAACGCCCAGAUCGGGGUCCGCCACUCCAACAUCAUCUGCGACAGCUGCGACAAGCACGGCAUCAUGGGAAUGCGGUGGAAGUGCAAGGUGUGCUUCGACUACGACCUGUGCACCCAGUGCUACAUGAACAACAAGCACGACCUCGGCCACGCCUUCGAGCGCUACGAGACAGCGCACUCCCAACCAGUGAGCUUGGUGCCAAGACAGAACCUGUCCCGGAUCAUCCUGAAGGGCAUCUUCCAGGGGGUGAAAGUGGUUCGUGGACCUGACUGGGACUGGGGCAACCAAGACGACCCCCGCCCGCCCUCUGCUAUAACCCCCUCCCCUGUAAUGUCUGUGAUGUCAGGAGGAGAGGGGAAGAUUGGGAAGGUGGUGGACAUCCGCGGCUGGGACACCGAGUCGGGCCGCAGCGUGGCCAGCGUCACCUGGGCCAACGGCACCACCAACGUCUACCGGAUGGGCCACAAGGGCAAGGUGGACCUCAAAUACGUCUCUGACGUGGCGGGGGGGUACUACUACAAGGAGCACCUCCCCAAGCUAGGGGAACACGCGGAGCUGCAGAGGCAGGAGAGUGCGGAUGGACACACCUUCCAGCAGGGGGACAAGGUGAAGUGCUUGCUGGAGGUGGACAUCCUCAGGCAGAUGCAGGAGGGCCACGGAGGCUGGAACCCUAAAAUGGCGGAGUACAUCAGCAGGAUCGGGACGGUGCACAGGAUCACCGACCGCGGCGACGUCAGGGUCCAGUACAGCAAUAACAUCCGCUGGACCUUCCACCCGGGGGCGCUGACCAAGGUGAACACCUUUGGGGUGGGCGACCUGGUGCGCGUGCUGGACGACAUGGAGAGCGUCAAGCGCCUGCAGGCCAGCCACGGGGAGUGGACCGACAGCAUGGCGCCCGCCCUGGGACAGGUGGGCAAGGUGCUGAAGGUGUACGCGGACGGGGACCUGCGCGUGGCCUUCGGGGGCCAGACCUGGACCUUCAACCCCGCCUGCCUGACCGGCCAGGCCGUGGAGGUGGACGCCAACCUGAUGACGGCCGAGAACCCCAGCGAAUCAGGAAGUAAGGGCUCGGAGGACGGGCCCGGGCACGCCGCCCCCCGCCAGAACCCGCACUGCUCGUCCAGCAAGCCGCCCUGUACUGUGAUUUCGGUGCUGGAGAAGCUUCUCUCUCAGUCCACGGAGCAGGACAACCCCAGCAGGCUGGUGAUCGAGGCCGCCCACGGCAGCGCCGCCAAGGUCCGCGACCUGGUGCAGAAGUACCCGGAGAAGGUGGACGUGAAGAACCAGGGCAAGACGGCUCUGCAGGUGGCGGCCCACCAGGGCCACAUGGAGGUGGUGAAGGUCCUGCUGCAGGCCAACAGCAGCAUCGAGGUGAAGGAUGAGGACGGGGACACCGCCCUGCACUACACCGCGUUUGGAAACCAGCCGGAGAUCGCCCGUCUGCUGCUGAGCAAAGGCGCCAACGUCAACCUGCUCAACAACUCCCUGUGCACCGCGCUGCACAUCGCCGUCAACAAGGGCUUCGCCGAGGUGGUGCGCGUGCUGUCGGAGCACGCCGCCGACGUCAACCUGCAGGACUCCUACGGGGACACGCCGCUCCACGACGCCAUCGCCAAGGACUUCCGCGCCAUCAUCGAGAUCCUGACGGUGGUGCCCAACAUCGACUUCACCCAGCAGAACAACCGCGGCUUCAACCUGCUGCACCACGCCGCGCUGAAGGGGAACAAGCUGGCGAUGGAGAAGAUCCUGGCGCGGGCGCGGCAGCUGGUGGACGUGAAGAAGGAGGACGGCUUCUCCGCCCUGCACCUGGCCGCGCUCAACAACCACCGAGACGUGGCCGAGAUCCUCAUCAAAGAGGGCCGCUGUGACGUCAACAUCCGGAACAACCGCAACCAGACGCCGCUGCAGCUGGCGGUGACGCAGGGCCACGCCGAGCUGGUGCAGCUGCUGGUGUCGGAGGGCGCCGACGUCAACGUGGAGGACGAGGACGGCGACACCGCCAUGCACGUGGCCCUGGGCCGGCAGCAGCUCGCCGCUACCAUGGCGACCACCGAGGGCGAGGGCUCGUCCCUGUACGCGCGGCUGAACGGCUCGGGGUUGCUGGGUAACACGGAGCUGAACGUUGGCGCCGCCAUCGCCUGCUUCCUGGCGCAGGAGGGGGCGGACAUCAACUACGCCAAUCACAAGGGCAAGAGCCCGCUGGACCUGGUGACGGACAGCGCCGUCAUGCAGCUCAUCAAGAACUUCUCCGAAAAGCACAGGUCGCAGCAGCUCCAGGGCAUCACCUCUGGCACGGGCAGCAGCAGCGCCAGCCUGCGGCGGGUACACACCACGCCCAACACCAUGACCAACCUGGUGAUGCCCACCCUGCCGGGGCCCAGCGAAUGCCUCAUCUGCUCCGAGCUGGCACUGCUCAUCCUGUUCGCCCCCUGCCAGCACAGCGUGGCCUGUGAAGAAUGUGCUCAUCGAAUGAAGAAAUGCAUCAAAUGCCAGGUCACGAUUACCAAGAAAAUCAGACAAGACCAAACGGAGGUGGACUGCAGUCCCAGCUCGGAGAACUCGGAGCAGCAUAACCUGCUGGAGCAGCUGCAGUCGCGCUACAGGCAAAUGGAGGAGCGCAUCACCUGCCCCAUCUGCAUCGACAACCAAAUCAAGCUGGUCUUCCAGUGCGGCCACGCCUCCUGCAUAGACUGCAGCGCGGCCCUCAAGACCUGCCCCAUCUGCAGGCAGACCAUCCGCGAGCGCAUCCAGCUGUUCGUCUGACGCCCGCCCGGAGCCCCGCCCCCCGCACCCCUCCCCCCCGCCUUCGUCCAAUCCACGCGUCUCUGCUCGUCCAGCCCCUCUGAUCCGGACCAGCUGGCACCGCCCACCCUCACCCCAGCCCCAGCCCCUCCCCUUCACCGCCCCCUCCACGCUGGGGACCUCCCCCAGCCCUUGUUCCAGCCCCUUGGUUGGGCCGGGGUGCCGAUCCGGGCCUGUGGAAAUCCACACCGCCCAUCGCUGCAUGCAAGACGCGGCUGCGUUGCCGUCGGACACGUCAUGGGGCGGUUUGUGGGGUGACGUGACCUCAUGGCCCGGCACAGGUGCAGCGAGAGAGAGAGAGAGAAAUAGAGGGGGGGGGGGGGUCAGGAGAGAAGUGGGUGGUGCUAAGGCUGUUCCACCAUGCUCCCAGGCGUCGUCUGUUACAUCAUUAUUCCCCAAGCCGCUCUGACUUUAAGUGGCCCACCCCUACCCCCCCACCCCCCAGCAGGCACACACGAGGUCCAGAAGGGGCCAAAUAAACUAUAUCACUUCUCCUGACCCCCCCCCCCCUUCGCAACCACCCGUCCGCUCCGUCAUCUUGUUUACAGACAUGCAGAGAAAUAGAUUUUACUUCGUCCCUUUCUCUUCUGUCUGUCGCUGCGGUUUUCUCUGUCCACCUUUUCAUUUUGCGUUCGGUUUCCGUCAUUCCGCGCUCACUCGUGGAAGAGUUUUGGCACAGUGGUAACCCUGCUCUUUCUCUCCCCCUGGUUCCUGUGAUCCUGGUGGAGUGCUUAAAGCUGCUUGAAUAGAGAGUAGCCUCACGCAGCAGGCCGUUGCAAGUUCACGCGUCACGCAGUAGCUGAAUGUCAACAAGAUUUACCUUUUAUUGAGAUGUGUAUGUAUUUAUGUAUGUACUAUGUGUAUGUAUGCAUAUGUAAAUAUGCAUAUUCACAAGCAAACAUCCAUCCAUACAUGCAUACGCACAAGUUUGUCUGUAUAUUGUAAGAUAAUGGGUGUUUAUUAUUUGUUUUUAAGUAGCAGUUAAUGAGUACUGUUUUAUUUUUGUCUGAAGUAAAAAUUUUCCUAUUUAUCGAAAUCCUUAAUUUAGAUAUCUUAGCGAAACCCAUCCUGCUUGAAGUACUCAAACCCGUUUUAUCUACUCAGGGUCCGGCAGUAAUCACCACUCGAAUCACCUCGGGCUUCUCAAAGGGAAAGUCCAAGCCCCUUUUUUUUUGGCGCUUGGAUCUGAAAAAAAAGGUGUUUCAUAAAGGUAGCAAUGACUUCAGUUUCAAACGAAAGGGACGUUCUCAUUUUCGUCCCUAACCUGGAAUACAGCUCAGGCACAGCACAGGCUGAGACGCGCUAGCUGCGUUCUCACCCUGUAAGAGAAGUGGCUUCGCAUAUUGACGGAACCUUGGCGAAGGUUUUCGGAACACGCUGGUCUGUCCCUGCGCGUGACAUCACAGUGGAUGGCAUCACAGUGGAGGUCCUUUUCCCCUCAUACCACACAACUCAUUUCUCUCCUGGGAACACAGUAGACCCGCACGGUCACCCCCCCGACAACUGCAUCCCGGGUUGCCAGAUCAACCCACCGAGAGACAAGCGCAAGCGUACGCUUGAAUUGGUUUGAGCCAGGAAUACUCAUGUAUCUAGUAUCUCCAUUUUUUAUUUUUGAGCCAAUCAGCAUGCAUACUUGCUGGCACCAGCUUUGGUUGGUUCGAACACAGAAGUUAACGAAACAAACAUGUUCGACCGUAUGAACAUGAGUCGUACCAAAGCUGAGCACACCGUGAAGAGGAGUGUCGUGGCUUUCUCAGUCAAAGAAGCGAGCAUUUGGCAGCCUUUGAGCGCAGAUCUUUUCUAAUAUUUGCUACACUGCGAUUUUGAAUCCGAAGGGCAAAAUGUGUGCGAUGAUGCGUGCACCUGUCCAGAACUGCUUCACAGCCACAGAGCAUUCAGAGACUGACCUGACUUGGUCCCGUUGUCAAUAACAUCAUCACCGGAUCUGUGCGUCGUUCAGAUUCCAUGUAUUUUCCAGCGAGUCAUGCUUUUAAAUGUUUUGUUUCAGAAGGGCUUAAGCAUUUAAAUAUAUAUAUAUGUAUACAUAUAUAAAUAUAUUUUCAUCUUAAUUUUAAUUUUGUAUUGUGGACUUCCUGUGACAGGGGUUUUGUAGCCCCCUGUUCUGCAGAGCCGACGUUAAAAGAUGUACAUUUGAAUGUGAGAAAUGUAAUCAUUGUACUCUGCCUUUUGUGAAACGCUUGUCGGGUGUGUGAGAGUCGGAGAAAGGAAGUACUGCUGCACCAGUGCCAAAUCUUCCCAGGAAGCGACCAUAGAGCUUCACACCCGCACUAGGUACAGUUCUUUACCGAAGUCACCUGAGCUUCAUUCAGCUACUUCAAUUCAUCGUCUUCUCUCGUUACAUAAUUCCAUGUGUCUGAGGCCAGGGAAUCUAAUAGUCUGCUCUAAAUGUUAGACUGUUUUUAUUUGUAAUUUAAAAAAAACAAAAACACAAAAAAAAAAAAAAUACGGAAAUUGAAAAUAUAUUUGUCCUGGGUAUGGCAACAGUAUUUAUUAGGUAGAAAAGUGAAUGCCUUUGUAUCUCAGCAGAAUGGCUGAAUGCAUUAGUUUGCUAUGAGCUGAAGAAUUAUGCUGUUAAAAAAAGUGAGCAGUGUUCCAAAAUAUCAGAUGUCCCUCCUUUUUGCAGAUGAAGGACUGAACGCCAUAUUCUCAAAUGCACAUGGCUCUUGCUUCCUUUUUCUCAAAGCUAAUACUACACUUCCUCUUUCCAUGCAAUAUUUUGUAUUGCAUAAAUAAAUAAAUUGGAUCAUUUAUGAAGAUUCUCUUGUGAACUUGCUUUCAAGGAAGUGCUAAGUAAUUUGGAACACUGCUAAUUUGUAGUGGCCAUCGUUGGGGGAUGAUUUGCCAUAAUUGGAGUAAUGUUUUCCUAUAUUAUUCAACUUGGAAUAUGUAAGUAAAAAUGGCUGCAUUUGCGAAUAUUUAAUUGCAUCUUACUGUAUUUUUUUUUUUUGAGCCAAACUUUAUUUUAUUUUUACUUUUUCUUAUUAUUAAAACAAUUAUUGAACAGAAAAAGGUUUCAUGCUUGAAUUUUAAGUUCUAUUUUAUCUGAAACAAAAUAGACAUUCAAAGCAACUCAUCUGGUGUCCAUAGUCUGUAAGGAGUGUGUUCCUUUUUGGGGUCAGUGUACAGGUCACGGCACGUGUGCAGAAGGGUCAAGGGUCACUUUAGAAAUGUGCAAAUUUGCUAUAAAAAAGUAUUUAAACAACAGUUACUGUCUGUGUGUGUACAGCACUUCCAGUUCUACUGUUGGCCUUAUUGUUCAUCCCCCCUAUGUUGUUGUUGUUUUAUUCAGUUGUAUUCUGUAAAGGAUAUUUUGCAAUAAAUAUGGAACUGUUUUAUAAUA